UGUGACGUCAGUGGGGGCGGGGUUAUGUAGGUGCAGCAGAGCGGAGAGUAGAGAGGUGGAUGAGUCUCCUCACCGCUCCUGGAUCAGCAGCAUCCUGAGACAGAGGCGUGUCUGACCCGCAGACAGACAGACAGACAGGCCGGAGAGACAGACACCGAUCAUGGCGUCCAAAUGUCCCAAAUGCGACAAGACAGUUUAUUUCGCGGAGAAGGUGUCCUCUUUAGGGAAAGACUGGCACAAGUUCUGUCUGAAAUGUGAACGCUGCAGCAAGACGCUGAACCCGGGUGGUCACGCCGAGCACGAUGGGAAGCCGUACUGCCACAAGCCCUGCUACGCCACCAUGUUUGGACCUAAAGGUGUGAACAUCGGCGGAGCUGGUUCCUACAUGUACGACUCUCCUGUCAAUGAAGCUCCUGCUGCGGUUUCCAUGGAAACCCUUGCCAAGCCAGAGGAGGAGAGAAGAGCCCCACGGGGACCAGUGAAGGCUGCCAGCUUCUCGUCCUUCUCUGGAGGACCCAACAUCUGCCCCAGGUGCAACAAGACAGUCUACUUUGCUGAGAAGGUGUCGUCUCUGGGGAAGAACUGGCACCGGCCCUGCCUCCGCUGUGAGCGCUGCAGCAAGACUCUGGCUCCAGGCAGCCAUGCAGAGCACGAUGGACAGCCUUACUGCCACAAGCCCUGCUACGCUGUGCUGUUUGGGCCCAAAGGUGUGAACACCGGGGGGGUCGGCAGCUACAUCUACGACGACCCUGACGCCGAGGCGGAGUCUUAAAGCUGAGCAGCUCCAGGACUCGGCGUCGUUCUUCUGCCUUCAGUAGUUGUUGUGAUGAAAUAAUCGGUACUAGACUCACGGGAAGGAACGGCUACACAUUUAUGUUGUAUUUGUACGUUUAUAUUAUCUAUUUUUUGUACUGAAACAAGCCUUUAAUAAGUCCUCCAGAUUUACCUUUAGGUUUAUCAGUUCUACAGCCAAAUAUCUAUCAGUAUUAUUUAUUGGAGGAGAUCAAAGCUCGUGUGUUUUCAUCUUCAUCAGUAGGUUUUUAGACAGACGUGCACUUACAAACAUGUACUGUAUGACAAUGAAAUGUAACGACUCACCUUUUAUUGUCGGUGUUUUUCAACCUGUUUCUCCAGGUUUUAUUAGGAAAGUUACUGCAGUAAAGACACGUAGAUUUAACUCGAUGACAUGUUUUAUACAAUAAAUCUGUGGGAAGCA